AUGAAGUUGAUUCUCCUCGCUUGCUUAGUCGCCGUGACUUACGGAGCCUCCGUGCCUCAUACGCAUCAAGUCAAGUACGCCGACAAAGAAUUCCUGGAAAAACAAGAGGAUAUUUUCGCACUUUUCCGUCACAUUUACCAACCGGAAUACAAUCAAGCCCUCGUGGCAUAUGCCAAGGCAUGGGAUAUCAAAGCCCACAAAGAUGCCUACACCAAAAAAGAAGCUGUCGAGGAAUUUAUUGAACUCUACGAGCACGGUUUCUUGCCGAAAGGUGAAGUUUUCUCCGUUUUCGAUGAAAAGCAACGCGAACAAGCAAUUGCCCUGUUCCACAUUUUGUUCUAUGCCAAGGAUUUUGAUACUUUUUACCGGACCGCUGCUUGGGCUCGGUACUACGUGAACGAAGGAAUGUUCGUUUAUGCCACCACAGUUGCCUUUACACAUCGCGAUGACUUGCAGGGAUACAUUUUGCCGCCGUUGUACGAAAUUUAUCCAUUUUACUUCAUCAAUAGUGAGGUAAUCACCAAGGCGCGUCAAUAUAAGAUGCAGGGAUAUCACGGCAUGAAAGAAGUUGAGGGUGUCAAGACAGUUGUCAUCAAUCACAACUACACCGGAUCGAAUAUUUACACGAAUCCCGAACAGAAAUUGUCCUAUUUUACGGAAGAUAUUGGAUUGAAUAGUUAUUAUUACUAUUUCCAUACUGAUUACCCCUUCUGGAUGGGCGGCAAGGAAUUCGGAAUCGUCAAUGAUCGUCGUGGCGAGCUUUACUUGUAUGAACACCAACAACUCUUGGCUCGUUACUACUUGGAACGCUUAUCCAACGGUCUUGGCCACAUCCCGGAAUUUACUUGGGAGAAGCCCAUCCGUACCGGAUAUUAUCCCCAGCUGAGCUACUACAACGGACACGCCUUCCCCGUUCGCGAAGAUCAUCAUUUGUUCAACAAGGAAGACCACUAUCACGACAUCGAGAUGAUCGAAGAGUACGAACAUCGCAUCAUCGACGCCAUUGACUUGGGUUACGUCGUUUUACCGAAUGGCGAACACGUUGACUUGACCAAACCCGAAUCUAUCGAAAUUUUGGGCAACAUGAUUCAAGGGAAUGAGGACAGCGUUAACACUCGUUACUACAAAUACAUUGCCAUGUUUGCGAAAAUGAUUUUGGGAACGUCUGUGGAAGCUGUCGAGUAUCACAAAGUCAUUCCGAGUGUUUUGGAACACUUUGAAACUUGCUUGCGUGAUCCAGUUUUCUAUCAAAUUUAUCGCAGAAUCGCUCAUUUUUAUUAUCAGUUCAAGGAUCAUCUUCCAUCAUACACGCACGAAGAAUUAUCCUUCCCCGGAGUGAAAAUUGACGAAGUUGAAGUUGAUAAAUUGGUGACUUUCUUCGAUAAAUAUGACGUUGACGUUACAAAUGCCAUCGAUAUGGAACCCGAACCAGCUGGAAAACACACAAAAGACUCGAAAAUCGAAUAUAAACCUGAUCCUGUGGUUAUUAAGGCACGCACCACUCGUUUGAAUCACAAGCCUUUCAACUACAAAUUGACCAUUACUUCGGAAAAGGCCACAAAAGGUGUCGUUCGUGCCUUUAUCGGACCCAAAUUCAACGAAUAUGGCGCCCAUUAUCACUUGUCGGAGAAUCGCGAGAACUUUUACGAGUUGGAUCAUUUCUUGUAUGACCUUGUUCCAGGCAAAAAUGUCAUCAAUCGUAAUUCCGUUGACUUUUAUGGCUUCGUUAACGAUCGUACCACGUACUACGAGUUGUAUAAAAAGGUGAUGCUCGCUAUCACGGGUGACGGUAAAUUCCCCUUGGACCAAUCCGAAGCACAUUGUGGGUUCCCCGCUCGUCUCAUGUUGCCAAAAGGCACGAAAGGUGGCAUGGAAUUCCAAAUGUUCUUCAUUAUUUCGGAAUAUAAGGCUCCAGCGGUCCCACUUUAUAAGGGAUAUGACCCCGUUGUGUCCUGCGGUGUCGGUUCGGGAGCUCGUUACAUCGAUGCUUUGCCCUUCGGAUAUCCGUUCGAUCGUAAAAUUGACGAAACCACGUUCUACACUGAAAAUAUGGUCUUCGAGGAUGUCGUCAUUUUCCACAAACGUGAGACCGAUGUCAAUGUUGUUGCCUAGAAAAUGGCUGUGAUACUUCGACAAUAAAAUUUUCGAAAUAAAUUUCUCUAGUUUUUCUCACGCCUCGCUUAUCAGGCCAUAAAUUCACAACAUUUUCAACGAAUUUUAUCACAUUUUUUCCAGAAUAAAAAUUCGUUUCAUUACCAAAUAACAC